ACGUAGCUAUUCUGGCCUUUCCAGGCAUUCAGCAACUCCCGAGGCCACAGGAUGAUCGACUAUCCUGGAGAUCAUUCCAACCAAGAAGCAGUUCCUUUCUUCACCGAAGACAGUACUCAGGAAACUGAAGAGGACACUACUGACGAAAACGAAGAGGACAACAUUGUAAUCCUCGGAAAAGGAAAGAAAGAGAAUUUGGAAUUCGAAUGGACCACUGGGUUGUGGUCGAAAUGUUCGGAGACUUGUGGAGGAAACGGGAUUCAACAGAGGAAGGUCAACUGUAUUGUAAGGUUAUAUAAUGCCACCCAACCUGUAGAUGAUAUUCUAUGUGAUGACGCUGGAUUGACUGCACCAGCCUCAAACAGAAAAUGUGGAUUCGACCAAUGUCCAGAGUGGACGACACAUGAGUGGAGUCCUUGUGAAAAAUCCAAAUGCUUCGAGUGGCACAAAGCUCUUCAAAGAAGAAUUGUAAGGUGUGAAAUAGCAGCAAAUUUAACUUUGGAUCCUGCAAAAUGUGAGCCAGAUGCUAAACCGAUAGACAAGCAAGAAUGUUAUAGCGAAAAAUGCGUUGGAAAAUGGAAAGUCGGACGGUGGUCAGAGUGUGCUGCUGCUUGCGAAACUAAAGGUUUAAAAUACCGAAUUAUACAAUGCGUUUGGUAUGGAACCAAAAAACCCGCAGGAACAGCUUGUAAGGAUUUAAAUAGGCCGCCCAUAAUGAAACCAUGUGUUGGAAUUUCAUGUACAAAAACAGAACCAAUUUGUAAGGACCACUCCAUGUUUUGCCCAAACGUUAAGAUGAUGAACAUGUGCAAGAUAAUGAGAUACCAGCAGCAGUGUUGCCAAACUUGCAGACAAUGAACGAGAAAACCGGAUUUUUAGAAAAAUCCAGCUGAAGAAAGCUUUGUGUGUUCAUAAUAAUAACAAAAAACUGUUACCUAAAUUGAUUGUUUUCCUUUUGUGAUUAUAUAAUAAGCCACUUACGUAAUUUGGAUGAAGGAAAGGAUAUAUUUUGGUAUGAUCUGUGGGUUCGACAAAAUGUUUGUUAUGGAAAUAAAAUUGUUUAUUGAAUAAAAAAAAAAUUCUACCAAAUAUUUUGUAAAUAGUUACGAUUGCUAUUUCUUACAGUAAUAUAAUUUAAUAUAAGCCAUUUGAUUAAUACAAUAAAUAAUUAUGUAUAUAACCAUAUUAGUGGCUCAAUUUAAUAUUUUAAGCUCCACUACUAAAAUUUUGUAUUAGUAUAUUAACAGUUGUGUAAGAAAUAGUAAUAUAAUAAAAAUUAAGGCAAAACGCGUAAAAAAUUAAAAAUUGUAAAAACACUACAUUUUUGUUUAUGGUUUUUAAUUCUUUAUCUUGCCCCU